CUUCGCUUCUGGUAAUAAGUUGGCGAUGUCCCCUGCAGCAUGUCACCUCGCCUGCUGCCGCUGGAGUUAAGGAGACGGGUGGAGGACGGUUCUGCCAGCGGCGAAUCAGAGGGGUCUUGUUGCCGCCCUUGAGUCUCAACCUCUCCUCCCGUCCCAGCCGGUGGCGGUGGGAAACGCACUCCACAGACUUCAGAGGGGCCUGCCACCUGCCAUGCCCCCGCUCCACUGUUUGCUUAGGUGCUCGGGUGGCUCGAGCUUUCCCCGCGACCAAAGAACCUCUACUGCUAGGGAUCGCUAGGGCCGCCGUCUGCGGGCCCUGCCAUUCGCUGCCUGGAUGUUAAUCGUCACCGCAAUUCUCGACGCUCAUUCGACGCUGGUCAGCGACCCCCCAAAUCGCACAACUGGCAGCCACCAACGCUUUCCAUGAAUUUCCUGUUCAUUGGGUCCGUCGUUGGGUCCCUAGCUCAAGGGGAAUCAGCCCGAAAGCGGUCGCUGGUGGGGCUCUUCGCCAUUGCCAUUGCUCAUUCGUGUCCUCGGACGGGGCCUGUCAUGCAGAACAUGCUCGACGGUCACAAUAGCGGUCGACGGCCGACCCAACACCCCGACCUCCUCGCGGGGCAUGACAUGAAAUGGCAUGCUGCGUCGAUGAUGAGCGUCUCGAGCAUUUCGACUCGGGUCGGUCGUCCAGUCCAUCGACAAUCGUCAAUGGGGGGCCGGGGAGAGGGCCACCUUUUUGAGCGCGCUAGGUUCCAGGGGCCGAGGCGGGCUGGUGGGCUGGAGUGGGCUGUAGCCUGGCUGACGAUGGCGGGAGACGACGGGAAGGGAAAAUGCCGUGGGAAAAUGCUGGGUGCCCGGGCUUCUUCUGAUAGAGCCCGCCCCCACCCCAUGCGUUCGGAUGCUUGCUGUACAGUACGGAUUCCAGCACACUGGCAACCCGGAUCUCUCGCUCUCGGUCGCGUUUACAGCUUCUCUCACUCACCAGUGGAAGCGUCGCCGCGAGCGCUUCCGGACAGUGGACGUACCUGGGAGAGGUGUUCACAUCACGUCUGCCGCGCGACUGACCAAUUCGAAGACUUCACAGGCAUCUUGUGUUCUGCGUGGCGAGCAUCCAAGUUCGCGUUGGUGCGCAUCACAGCAGCUUGCAUACACUUUGCGAGCGUUGGUCUUGCUUUGCGUGCUUGGCUUUCUUUGCUUGUUCGUCUUGACGGUCACCUGAAAUACGUGUAUACGGUCACUCCGCAAGGGGGGGACCAACCACUCGCUCGAGAUCAUCAGCCCUGGAGGCGAUAACGACAGCUGCCGAGACUCUCGGAUCACACAACAUCCAGAAAAUACAGCAGCACAACAGCACAGCAGCACAGCCUGAGCACAGGGAGACGGGCCAUCGCGAGCUCUCGGUGCUUGCUGGCCCCCAACCCGCCCGGUUCAGAGCCCGUCC